AUGUCAUACUUUCUGGACAGCGAAUUACGUGCACUUACUGCUGCUCAACUUAAGCAAGAAAAGCAAAGUACGUCUUCGCAGCUCCUUCAUGUUCAGCAACAAAUUAGCGAUUUGGCUUACGGAAAUUAUCGGAUUUAUGCAGAUGCAGGAAGUACCACAGAACAAUGCAAACAACUGUUUGGAAAAGCAAACGAUUUGGUUGGAGAUAUUGAAAAAGGGAUUGAAUCGAUACGGGAAUCCUUGAAGCAGUUUGAUUCUAAGAAUGAUGAAGUCGUACAAGAGCUUCAUCAUUUACAACUUGCUGAAAGUAAAAGUUCACGCUUAUGGGAUAUUCUAAGCUUGCCAAUGCGUAUGGAUAUAUGUAUUCGAGCUGGUUACUAUGAUAUGGCUUAUUUGUUGACUAAUUAUGGAGUGCAACUGCAAACACAUGGACUCACUAAAAAUUCAAUAAUUAAGCAAGUUGCUGAUAAGCUAAUUGAUGCUCGAUAUCAUUUAUUGGAUGAAUUGUUCAAUACGUUUGCUGGGCCUAUUGAUUUGGCAAAUAGUAUUCAAGUUGUGAAUAAUAUUCGAAAGAUUCCGUAUUUAUCUUCGACACAAAUGCGUAUUAUGAUUUUACAGUAUCGUGAUGUAUAUCUUGAAAAACGACUUUUGGAUAUUCGAUCGCAGCCAGAUUUUAUCCUUCGAAUGGUUGAGGUUUAUCGUGAUUGUAUGUAUGAUACUAUGGUUUUACAUUUAGCCGUUUUUCCGGAAAAUGAAAUAAGCAGACGACAAACUGAUUUAUCGGUAGAUCAGCGAUGGGAUGUUUGGCAAACAGCAGCUUCUUCCGUAAUCCUCAGUGAAUGGGCAGUUCAUAAUCUCGCUGUAAUGUUCAGUCGCAUAAACAAUAUCAGUAAUGAAGUGUACAUUGAUAUUGGCUCUCUGUCGAGUAAAUUAAUGAGUUUUGCCUUAUCGUUUGGCCGAAUGGGAAUGGAUUUUCGACCAAUGAUUGCAGAAAUCAUUGAUAAAUUUGUCAUCAACAGAUUCUCGUUGAAAGUUCAAAAUGCAGCGAAUAAUUUAAAACAGUGUCGAAGCAUAGAAAUUGAUGGAGAGAUACCGGAUACUGUAUUUUCAUCUGGCAGUCAAGAUGGUAAACAACCAUCAGCUCCUUCAGUACUUGCAUUUUGGGAUGAUUUAUGUGUUUACGGGAAUGCUUUAAUUGAUGCUUUAAAUGAAUUGCGAAAUGGCUUAUCGCCAACUCAGAUCAACGCAGUUCUAAAAGAGUUAACGAAUUCAGUGAAAAUUGUUAUUUGCUGGUUAUGUGAUAUGGAAAAAUUGGUUAAGAAAGCAAUUAUGGAAAAGGCAGUUAAAUUAUUUGGAAAAUAUUUUAUACCAUAUAUUAAUGGCUGCUUAUUGACUUUAUAUCCAUAUGAAAAAUGUUGUCGACCAUUUUAUCAUACUAACUGUACGUUAGGACUAUACGAGAAAAUGUGUGCUAUACAGAUUAAGGAGAUUUGUAAGGAUUGUCCUAAUUCAACAGUAAUUGAAAAAUUGCUGGAAGAAGCGAACAAUUCUAUGAAUGAAUUUGUUGGAAGUAUUUUAACUGUUACUAAUGGAAAUGCAGAAUAUAGUGGAACAAAUGUUCCUGAUAACAACGGUGUUCCACAAGAAGAAGUUGUGAAGUUAUCAUUAGAUGAGGAUGUAAAAAUAGAUGCACAGAGGGAUAGUGAUCAACAUGAAGCAAAAGAUCAUUCUCCAAUAAACAAAUUAGAGGACAAUUCGGCUGUUUAG